GGUGGAUCCACUAUCGAUGACAGAGCCCGUCGUUUUCCCCCUAUGAAAGACACUGGGCCUGGCCCCGCUGACUACACCAUCACCUCGGUAUGGGGCGGUAGAAAACCAGGGCCAUGUGGAUUGAUGAUUCCAGAAUCUUUAAUCCGAAUGUUGGAUGAAGCAGAUACUAUUGUGCAACAACGUCAAAUCUGCAAUAAAGUGUACCUCGUUCGCUCGCGCAGUGCCCCAAGCAUACCGUCUGGAAGAUUUGUUCAUGGGUAUACAGAAGGACCCGGUGGAAGGCUGCGGCUUCAAAAGGGCCCGAGUCGUGACACUACUUUGGGACCGGCUUACUAUGGUAAACUUGGUAACCCCAAGUUCACUCGUUACGGAGGCUGCGGUUGGUCCAAACGCACCGCCAAACGACAACCCUUACAUAAAGCGGAUCACAAAGUUGGACCUAACGAAUACGAUCCCUAUCCAGAUCCAUGGGAACGAAUAGUUACAACCGCAAGGGAACGCGAAAGCAUCCGGCCAACACGACCACUUCUGGUGCCAAGGUUAUUGGACAAAGUUGUUCAGGAGACAGAAAAGUGGCAUUUUCCCGGCCCAGGGGCUUAUACGCUACCGGACAUGCUGUUGAAGAAGGUUGAGAGGUGGGGACCCAAUGGAUUACCUAUUCCAACAGCACCGUUUAAUGUAGAGGCUCAGCGGUUUAAAGAAAAUGUAAACGAUGUACCCGCGCCUAAUGCCUAUUACCCUCCAAAAAAUACUGCUGCGCCGACGGGAAAAGUACCAUUUAAUAGCUCGGACGCUCGGUUCAAAUCUAAAGGAGACCCGGGACCAGCUCCAAAUAGCUACAAUCCUCCACGUGGUUUUGUAGCUGAACUAAUUAAGAAAAACACAACAGGCUUUUUCGCAGAUUAUGUGGUUCCCUUCGGAAGUACAACCAAACGUUUCGUAUACAGCAGGUUACCGACUCAAUCGUCCGACAAUGAGAUUCUGUCGUCAAGCGAUAUGGAAGGUACUCCUGGGCCCGCGCAUUAUCAACCGGAGAAACACCAUGGGGUUGGAACGGAUGAGAAGAAAGUCCGAAUAACGAUACAGAACAGGCACCAACAACACUCAUUACUAUCGGACGCGCCGCCUCCUGGGACAUACAACGUGGCUGAGUCCUAUGACAGAACACAAUCAAAGUGCCAGCAUAGAGCGCUGCCAAAUCUGGAUAGGAAACCCUGUCAAGCCGCGUUUCUGGUUUCGUCCAGAAGAUUUGAUAAAAGCUCCUGCCUAUCCGCAAGUGAUCCAAGCAUGCCAGGUCCAGCAGAUUAUGAAAUUUCAAGUGCGUUAAAUGAAAAAUCUGGGAAGUUCGUCUACCAGGCCGGACGAUUCAGGUCGAAGGAACAGGAUGCAACACCCGGUCCAGCAGAUUAUAAACUGGCACCGACUAUCGAGAGCUGCCUUCGUUUGGGCACUUUCAAUGUGACGUUAAAAAAGAAUUACACCAUUCGGUGAGGGAUACUGUGUUGAAGAGUACUUUCAACGCUACAUUUUCCAAAGGUUGCGCGGACACUGAAGUGCAGUCUGCACCUGCGGUAAUCUGCUAUAUUUAGCAAAAGAUCAGUUGACCAGAUGAUAUUCCACAAGUGCUUAUUUUUACACACAAUGCACUCUUUACACAACACCGUACUAUGUGUUCUGCUGGAUAUACAGAUAAACAAUAUCGAAAGCUCACAACCUCAGGAAAAAUACCAGCCUUACCGCACAGCUCUCAAUGUAUUCUUCCUCAAGAGCCGCUAGUAUUCCAAAGGUUGUUAAAAAUACACUGACUGAAAGC